UACAUGUGCAUUCAAUAUUUUGAUUUUACUUUUCACUAUUAUUGCUGCAAAUAAUCAGAGAACUGACUGCAUAAUGAACGUCAGCGCUGAUUUCAAGCCGGUACCCACGCGAGCAGCGUUGGCACUGCAGCAGAAGCAGGAGAACACCGAAUUCCAAGCACACGUCUUCCACGAACCGCAGUUUUCAUCGAAAAGUGGAGCAAAAAAGCAGGACGACGGCGCGCAAAAGUCGCACAAAACCAAGGAGGGCGGCAUCGAACUGAAUCCCGAAUUCGAUAUCAAGAAGGCGCGCCACGAAGUGCUCAAUUUUGCGAUCAAAAACCAACGUGUGAUCAAAAACAAGACCAAAAUGGAAAUGUUUCAGCUGGUCAAGCUGGGCGCCAAGCCGCUGAAGAAGGCGUCGAAGAACUACAAGGAGCUGAAGGACGAACGCCAGCGGCUGAAGAAUAUUCGCGAGGAGCGCAAGAAGUUCCAUCAGUUGGGCAAAAAUCAAACGGGCGCCGCAAGCGUCAAAUGCCGCACCAAAUCGCAAAAGGAGCGCAACGACAAGAGGCGCGCGCCCGUUUCGCACAUCGAUCAGCACUACGGCAAGGCGCAGCCCAAGUUUAAGACGAGAAAAUAGUUGUUUACCUAGCUCUUAGUUUAAUACUAAAACUAGCUUAGUCAAAGGAUGGCAUUGUUUAAAAAUCUAUUCCUUUUCUAGCCCUAACGUCAGGCUUAAGUUAGGCAAUAAAUAACUAUACCAGCA